GGCGGGCCCGGGCGGUGCCCGCGGCUCUCGCGAGAGCGGGGCGGAGCGGCCCCGGGGCGGGCAGGGAGGAGGCGGCUCCGGGACCCGCGGUGCCGCCCGCCUGUCACAGCGCCCGGGCCGCCCAGCGCCGCCAGCAGCCGGCUGGAGCGGGGAGGAAGCGACAGCGGCGGCAGCAGCAGCAGCGAUGGCGCGGCUGGUGGCGGUGUGCCGGGACGGCGAGGAGGAGUUCCCCUUCGAGAAGAGGCAGAUCCCGCUCUACAUCGAUGACACCCUCACGAUGGUGAUGGAAUUUCCUGAUAAUGUGCUGAACCUCGAUGGGCAUCAGAAUAACAGUACCCAGUUGAAACAGUUCAUCCAGAGACACAGCAUGCUGAAGCAGCAGGACCUGAACAUUGCCAUGAUGGUGACGUCGCGGGAGGUGCUGAGCGCGCUGUCGCAGCUGGUGCCGUGCGUGGGCUGCCGGCGCAGCGUGGAGCGCCUCUUCUCCCAGCUGGUGGAGUCAGGGAACCCUGCCCUGGAGCCCCUCACCGUGGGGCCCAAGGGGGUGCUCUCAGUCACCCGCAGCUGCAUGACUGAUGCCAAGAAGCUUUACACGCUCUUCUACGUGCAUGGGUCCAAACUGAAUGACAUGAUUGAUGCAAUUCCCAAAAGUAAGAAGAACAAGAGGUGUCAGCUACACUCCCUGGACACACACAAACCAAAACCUUUGGGGUCUGAAAAAUGUUUGGUAAUACUAUGUGACAGUGAAAGGAGCAGUAACAGACUCAGUUCAAAGAAAAUAAGAGCAGUUAAGAAAAGUAGAGAAGACAGGAAGAGGAAAGAGAACAAGUGUAGCAUCAUUUUCUGCUAUGGACCUUCCCAGGGAGCAGUCAGGGGUUGCUGGAUGGACGUGUGGGAGCUGAUGUCCCAGGAGUGCAGGGAUGAAGUGGUGCUGAUCGACUCCAGCUGCCUCCUAGAAACCUUGGAGACCUACCUACGAAAACACAGAUUCUGCACCGACUGCAAGAACAAAGUGCUGCGUGCCUACAACAUCCUGAUCGGGGAGCUGGACUGCAGCAAGGAGAAGGGCUACUGUGCUGCCCUGUACGAGGGGCUGCGCUGCUGCCCCCACGAGCGCCACAUCCACGUGUGCUGCGAGACCGACUUCAUCGCGCACCUCUUGGGCCGCGCCGAGCCCGAGUUCGCAGGAGGGUAUGAGCGGAGAGAGAGGCACGCCAAGACAAUAGACAUAGCCCAGGAGGAGGUGCUCACCUGCCUGGGCAUCCACCUCUACGAGAGGUUGCACCGGAUCUGGCAGAAGCUGCGGGCUGAGGAGCAGACGUGGCAGAUGCUCUUUUACCUGGGGGUCGAUGCUUUACGCAAGAGCUUUGAGAUGGCUGUGGAAAAAGUGCAGGGCAUUAGUCGAUUGGAGCAGCUCUGUGAAGAGUUUUCAGAAGAAGAGAGAGUGAGAGAGCUUAAACAAGAGAAGAAACGCCAAAAGCGGAAGAACAGAAGGAAAAAUAAAUGUGUGUGUGAGAUCCCUGCUCCUCUGCAGGCAGCAGAAGAGAAGGAAAUCAAUCAGGCAAAGGAGAACUCAAACUUCACGGAAAGCAGCUGCAAAGCCUGUGGUAGCACCGAAGAAGCCAACAACUGUGUAGAAGUAAUUGUUACUAAUGAAAGCACUUCUUGCACUUGUCCUAGUAGUGGUACCCUAUUAGGCUCACCUAAAAUCAAGAAAGGUUUAUCUCCACACUGUACUGGCAGCGACUGUGGCUAUUCCUCGAGCAUGGAGGGCAGCGAAACAGGGUCCCGGGAGGGCUCGGACGUGGCCUGCACUGAGGGCAUCUGCAACCAUGAUGAAAAUGGGGACGAUGCCUGCGUCCAUCGCUGCGACGACAAGGAGGAGGAUGGAGACAGCUGUGUGGAGUGCUGGGCUAAUGCAGAGGAGAGUAACACAAAAGGCAAAAACAAAAAGAAGAAAAAGAAAAGUAAAGCUUUGAAGUGUGAGAAUGACCACAUUCAGAAGCUUGGGAGCUGUCUGGCAGAUGCAGGUAGCAGAGAGACCUCAGGAAAUCUCACGCACACAGAGUUUCACCGCGACAAGACCAAAGACACACACGCUGAGAGCUGCUGUAGUGCAGACAAAAGUGGCCAGCAGUUGCCUUGGUUUGAGCAUAUGAAAAAUGUGUCACAGUUUGCAGAACCUACAGAAAUGUCACUUGUCCCUGAUACUGGAAAAGGUGCCAAAAGCUUAGUGGAACUCCUUGAUGAGUCAGAGUGCACUUCUGACGAGGAACUGUUCAUCUCCCAGGAUGAAAUCCAAUCCUUCAUGGCAAACAACAAGUCUUUCUACAGCAACAGGGAGCAGUACCGGCAGCACCUGAAGGAGAAGUUCAACAAGUACUGUCGCCUCAACGACCACAAGGGGCCCGUCUGCAACAGCUGGCUGGCCACAGCUGGAGCCAACUGAGCCCGGUCCCACCCUGUCUGUCACUGAAACUCGAGAUGACUACUGCGCCUUCUCCUUCCAAACUUAAUUUAGUGACUUACGGCAAAAUUUUAUCUUAAAUUAAUGUGAUUCUUUUUUUUUUCUUGGUUUUUCUUUUUUUUUUCAGGGGGAGGCUGGUGGAGGUGAUUUCCUUAAUUUUGUUCUUUCUCCAGGCUUGUAUCUUUAGUUGAGUAGCUGUGCAAGCCUCUCUUCUAAUUUAAGCCAUCUCUUUUCAUUCAAUGUUUCUCUUCCUGUGAGACUUACAAAAAGCAAACUAGUGGCAAAGUAAUGUUGUACCUAUAAUUCUGUACAGAAUGACAAGGAGCUGAAUAUAAGAUUUUACAAAGUAGACAUCCAUUUGCAAAAUGUUUUGGAUGUAAUAUGUUAAAGCGCAAUGUGCAAAAAUUUAAAUAAAGAAUAUUUAUUAAUAUGCAUAGUAAA